GGAUCCACUGCAUGAGCUAUGUGAUAGGCCCCACCUUUUCCGGCGCUUAAAAAUGACACCAUGGAAGUAAACAAAGAGCAUGUCGCACCGACAGGUCCAAAUGAGAGAAAUGAAUGGCCAAGCUGAUAUGGAGGUUGACUACAAACGGAAAUAUAAAAACCUUAAACGCAAGUUGAAAUUCCUGGUUUAUGAGCAAGAGUGUUUUCAAGAGGAGCUUAGGAGAGCACAGAGAAAGCUGCUAAAAGUUUCAAGGGACAAAAGCUUUCUUCUGGACAGACUACUGCAGUAUGAGAGGGUGGAUGAGGACUCCUCAGAUUCUGAUGCCACAGCGUCAUCAGAGAACAGUGAAGGAGAGGCCCCUCGUGAGAGAGAAAGAGAUGGAGUAAAAAAGAGGAGAAGCCCCAGUGCACCUCCUCCAUCCUCCUCGUCUCCCCAGCUCUCCCUCCUCUCCCGCUCUGGGGGGAACCCCCUUCAGUCGGCUGGAUCUACCCCCUACCUCAACACCUUGCCUUUUCCGCCCGAGUACUUGGCCCCCCCAGCCGAGAGACUGAAGAGAGAGAGAAAGACAAAGAUGACCAAAUACAAGAAAGAGACUUCUGGGAAGGUGGUGGCCCCGUUGGCCGCCAAUUACCCAGCAGCCCCUGCGGGCCCCCCGACAGCGAGCACGGCGUUCAGCUGGGUGCCGCGGCAGAUGCUGAGCGGGGACGCCGCUGAAGAGGAGGGGGACAGUGAGGGCGACAGCGACAGAGACGAAGAGAGGGGGGAAGGAGACGAGGCUGAGCUGGUCAUUGAUCUCCCGAACGAGUGAAUGAAUGUUGUAUCGGCGUAUGUUUGUACGGUAGUGUGACUGUGCUUGUGAAUGCUUCACAAAGAAGAGUAUGUGUGUGGAGAAUGGUAGACUGUGUGUUUUUAUACGUUCACAACCCCUCACCAUGAUCUUAGACUUUGGGCCAAGCUCCCCCCUGAGGACGCUGAUGGAACUGCAGCGUUGCACUUGACCAGCUGAGCACCACAGUACUCAUGUGUACUGUCAUUGUUACCAGAAUCCAUAGAGGGCAUGAACAAUGAGUUCAAUUAUGUUUUCUAUGUUUUUUUCCCCCACACAGCUAAUAAUACAACUAUUCCCAGUUGGUAUAUUUUGUGCCUAUACUGCUUCAAAUCAUUAAAGUGGUGACAUUUCAGCAUA